CUUCAAAUUAAGCAUCUUAUCCGUUGAGAUGGCUAAGUUUGAUUUCAGGGUUUUUGUGUUACUUUUGACAGUUGUUCUAAUGGUGGUUGAUCAAGCGAAAGCGAAAGCCGAAGUCUGCGAGGAUAAGUUGAAUCGUUGCGCAGACGCUGCAGACGCUGAACUUUGUCGUAAACAAUGCGGGUACAUUCACGGGGGAAAAGGACAAUGUGUUGAAACCGAGAACUCUGGAGGCGGUUUCUCCUACAGAUGUGUUUGUUACUAUGAAUGUCAUCAUGAUCAGUAGCAAACUUAUAAGCUAUAUACAGUGAUGUACCCCAAAAUCUAAAUAAAAACUUAGUAUCUGUUAAUGUUGAGAGAGAUCAAAUUUAUCAAUCUUAAGAUGCUUG